UGGUGUGCUGGGCAACCGCCACUAAGGCAGCUAUCAAAGCACGAUAUGGCUUCAAGACUACAAAAGAUCCGGCUUGCAGAGCUUCAGCGGCUGAUGCGCUUGGUUGAAGCACUUCUGACGAGUGAUGAGGUCCUGCGAGCGCACAGCUCUCUCGAUUCGGCUGGCCUUCUUUUUGAGCAAGUAAAGAAUCGUUUACCGUUCUCAUCGACGUCGAGUAAAGGAAGAGCGCGUAGACUUGACCAACUAUCGUGGAGAACACUCGCCCGUGAGCAUGCAAGCCACAGCUCCAGCCAGACUAGCUACCAUUACGUAGGUGAGUAG